AUGGGUUCCUAUCUCAUUCACUUGACCAACUGUAAUGACGAGAUUGAGUUGUGGCGUAGUUUAUCACACCCAAAACGCAACCUUCUUGAGAUAGAGUUGGGCAGGGAACCGUUUGCGGGGAAGGUACAUACAUACAUUAAGCACACCUCGGCCGGGACCGAGGACAUUUUUUGGCAGAGGGCCGGUAGCAAUUGCAAGCCUCCUCAAGCUCGAUCAAUGGUACAUUUACCGCAGGUGAUGGUAAUUAACUAUAUGUACCUACAUGUAUAUACUUUUGAGCUUUUAAAUGACUGGCCAAGUAUCGCCGGUGCUGGUAUUGAGCCCGUUUCGGAGUGCAGGCCGAUCGUGAAUACAAAUAUGAUAUCUCAAACAUCUCAGGUUCUCCGGGUUAUGCAUGUCAAAUUUUGGAUCGUAGCCCAAGAAGAAUUAUCGCCCCUGCAGCUUAGCAGGAAGCCUCUGCAACGGGAUGUUCACCAGGACCCAACCUUCCGGAUUGGUGAGAACAAACUUUCAGAUGAUAACGGCCUCAUCCGAAAGAGUUCCCUUUCUUUGAUCGGUUUGGAAGGGUUUUUGAUGGGUCUCGCCGCUACCUUACUUUGA